GGCUCCUGGUGCUCAGCCUAAGUGAGGCAUCUCUGUGGCAUCGUGUCAGAGAGGCAUUGCCCUGUGCUCAGCUCUGGCACCACCGGCAGAGGAGCACCUGAGCUGUCGUGUCUUCAUCUUGGAAAAUGCACAAGUUCCUUCAGUGUUUUGGGCUUUUCUGCAAUAAGUUGCUCAUGAAGAAAUUUUAGAUCCUCCCAGGGAAGAAAAUAACAAAAAUCUGAACAAAUCAUUUCCCGAGGAAGUCCAGUGUCCAGACAAACCUGGCCCUAACGAUGCCUCAUUUCCUGCUGCUGGUGAUGCAGGGAGCUCUGGAGCAGUGAGGAGGUCGAGGCUUGAAAGAAGACAAAAGGUAUUAGAUUUGACUUCACUGCUACCACAAGCAUUAUAUUUGCUUCUCCUCUGAAAUUUGGCUCAAAUCAUUCUUUUCUCCAGAUUGACACAAUCUCGUUCCAAGGAAACCCUUACCAGCUGGCUCCGCUGAAGAUGAGUGCUGUGCUUCUCCUGCUCGUGGUGUCCACCAUGAACGUCAGUGCCCUGCUGGAAAAGGGUCAGCCGAGGCGAGAAGCACGGCGCCUCUCGUGCGUGCGAUGCUGCGGGCCUUCAGAGCAGCCCACCUCCAUCAUCUCCUCACGGUACACAAGGAUGAGCAGCGACCCUGCCUAUUCGGUACCCAAAGUCCAGCCCACUAUAGAUAUCACCAUCCUCAAAGGUGAAAAGGGUGAAAUGGGAGAGAAAGGGUACCCCGGGCCAGUUGGGAAGGAAGGAGAAAGAGGGCUUCGUGGCUUCAAUGGACGGAAGGGACAGAAGGGCCAACCUGGCCCACAAGGCCAUUCCUGCAAGCAGCUGUAUGCUGCCUUCUCUGUGGGUCGGAGAAAACCCCUUCACAGCUCAGACUACUUCCAGCAUGUCACUUUUGACAUAGAGUUCGUGAACCUCUACAAGCACUUCAACAUGUUCUCGGGGAAGUUCUUCUGCUAUGUGGCAGGGAUCUACUACUUCAGCCUCAACGUCCACACCUGGAACUUCAAGGAGACCUACCUGCACUUGAUGAAGAACGAGAAGGAGGUGGCCAUCCUCUAUGCCCAGCCCAGCGAUAGGAGCAUCAUGCAGAGCCAGAGUCUGAUGCUGGACCUGCAGGAGGGAGAGGAGGUCUGGGUGAGGCUGUUCAAGCGGGAGCGAGAAAACGCCAUCUACAGUGAGGAGUCUGAUGUUUAUAUCAUCUUCAACGGCCAUUUAAUCAAGCCAGCCAUAGAGUAGCCAUUUGUCAGCUUUAGGCUCAAAGCUUUGGUAGAUACAUUAGUGUCUCCCCUCUUAGAAACGCAUAUGUCUAGUUCCACUUGGAACGGUUACAGGCCUCCUGGCCUGCUGACAGGGCAGUCUGUCCAUGCCAAGGAGACCUGUGUGGGUGGAGGUGACUGUUUCAAGGCGAUGCAAGCUACACAAGCGCUGAGAAGGCUUCAGCCCCUAUGUGCCCUGGAGAAGACACAUGCAGGAGGCCCUAGUUCUUCAGCCCUGUAUAAAUCCCCAGUAAGAUCCCUAAAAAGUUUGCCAAGCCAGUAGCAAAAAUGUAAUUUCUUUGCUCUGCUUUAGAGAAUACAUUUCAAUUACAUCUGAGGAUCGUCUUCAGAUGCCAGUUAUCUGGGUGCUCAUUAAGGAAUAUCAUUACCUCUAUACCACCACUUGGGUAUCUGUGCAGGGUGCAAUAUUGCUAAUCAGAGCCCACACUCCCCAGCGUCAGGUCUGCUCCACUCAGGUAGGCAACAAUGCACCAGUGUUAAGAACAAUAUUUUGCACAGGACAUUUACUCUAAAUCACAUUUUUUGUUCCAUUUCAUAUAUUAUCGCAUUCUGCAAGCAUAAUACUAGAAUUAGAUAAGUAAUAGCACAUCAGUCUGGCCAAGCUUUUUCAGAGGCACAUAGUUUCAAGCAAAGCUGUAGCCACAUGCUAUAAUUUUGCUAGACCGUACUGCUAGCAAUACUCACACCAGCACAUCCACCACGGCUGGGAAUGUGCGUAUUGCCCAUUUUAAGGAAAAUGGUGAGCCCUGCCUUAGGAUCCAAUUUGAGUGCUCAUUGCCAAGCUGGAAUUUGAGGCCAUGUUCAUGUCUGAUAAUUACCACCUUAAUAGCACCCUCAUUUCUGGAAAGUGCAGAACACUGGAAACUAAAAAGGUGCUUUACUGCAGUGAUAUUUUAGGGGAUUUGGUUUCUUUUUUCCUAAAACGUUAUUGACGUAACAGGGGAAAGGUACAUGCAGCAGCAAGAAACAUCAUUUCCCCCAGUUCCCUCUUACCCAUUCCCCCAGUCUGUUUGCAUCCCCAGCCAUUUGUAUGAAGGAUGCAUGGAAAGCUCUCGCUAGGCAAACCGCUUCACUGCUGUACCUCGCCUUUCCACAGCUGUUUGGAAAAGUAGCUGAAAUAAAGAUAUUGCUUGAGUACA